AUGCUCAGCGGAUAUCGCCCGGACGGCAAGAAGCGGAGCCUCACCGAGGUAUACCUGCCGCCCAGCUACUCAUCGGCAGGGUUGGAGUGCGACCUCCACACGUACGACUUCACGAAGAGGCGCCGUACGGAGUCCGGCAGCGCCGUCACCUCCGGAGCGCCCAACGCUCGCACCCUCUUCACGCCCGCGGCGCCCAAUGCCAUGGAACAGGAGGUGCCGGUCUUCCACAAGCCCUCCUACGAUGCAGGCCUCGAUCGUCUUCUCAAGAAGGCACAGGACCACGAGAUCGACAUGCGCGGUGCUCUGGACGAGGCCGAGAGGAAGCUGCACGAGGCCAAAAAACGGGAGGCCAUCCCCGCCUCCGAGCUUCUCCUUGGUACUUGUCGCGGCCUGAACCUAAAGGAUCUCGCCAAAGAGCAGCAGGCGAACGCCGCCGAGAAGGCCAAGGUCGUGGAAGAGGCGGGUGCGACCACUCUCGACCUCCAGCGGAAGUUGGCCGAGUCCCGGGCGCACGCGGACGCCGCCGAGGUCAAGAAGGUCGCCCUUCUCCGCCGCCUCUCACACGAAUCGUCCCUCGACUGCCCCCCGCACGACGACGUCGAGCUGACCAACGUCCAGGACGAGCACGAGGCGUGCCUCAAGAAGAGCUUGGCAUCCUCCGACGACCUCUUGCCGCCCCACGUCCUGGCUGUGCUGUCUGCCGAAGACGCCAAGUGCGCCCAGGACACGGGCAGGGCCCGGGCGGCAGAACUGCACCUCUCUGCGGAGGACAAGUACCGGGAAAUAGUGGACGAGGUAGGCACUCUGAUUCCGUGCCUCGCCACCAGGCCAUUGAUCGACGCGCGCGAACUGGCUCUGGCCGAGGAAAAGCUGGUGAAGGUAUCGGCGAUGGUGUCGGCGUUCAACCUGUUCCGCACUGCAGAGGCGAACAAGAAGAUGGACGCGCAGCGAGCCUGCAACGAGUACAACCAAGCCAUGUCCGACGUUUCGCAGUGCGAGGAACUCCUUGAGGAAGCGGAGGUGCACGAGCAGGGGGCUCGGGCUGACCAAAACGAGGCCGAGCAGGCCGUGUUCGAGACGCAGCAAGACAUCGAGAGGGUCCGGACCGAGAUGAGCGACGUCGAGAAGCGGUUUGUCGACACUGACGACGACGACAAGGCCAUCAAGGAACUCGUGGCCGAGACCCGAGAAGCCUGGGACGAGGCCGUGUUGACGGUGGCUCGCACCAAGCAGCACUUUGACUCAGCAGUGUUGCGGACAGCAUGCGUGUGGCCGUGA